GCUACCAGCCAGGAAUCUUCGGUACAGCGCUGCGGCAGCCGAACUGCAGAACGAAGGCGCUGGGCCUCCAAACAGACACCCAUUAGCGAACGGUUGACAUGGAAGUCUCAGUCCUGUACUCGUGCGCAUAGCUUCCGCUGCAGCAGUACUGUCUGACCACUAGUAUCCGUGCAGCAGUCUUCAACUUAUGCUGGAAGAUUUGCUUAACCUGCAAAGUGGAUCGGUAUAUAAGCAAAAGUGCAAAAUACAGCAGCAAAGUUCGGUGCCCCUGAUGUCUUCUGAUUUUGCAUGAAGGGUUUCUAUUUUACAAGACAUGCGGCAUUUUCUUAAAAGCAAGUCUGGUUUCUAACAUUUUGGAGAACAUUUUACAGCAAGAAAAUUCUGCAUGUUUGAUCUUCUACCCCGCAAUGAAAUCUUGGCCUGCAUUGGCAUGGGUCAUAAUACUGAACCUUAUUGACAACAACCUGAAAGUGGUUUACUCAAGAGAUUUUACAAUGAAUGACAUUAUCUAUCUUUAUCCUUCUACUACACCAUACCCAGGUGGCUUCAAGUGCUUUACUUGUGAAAACCAGCCUGACAACUAUCAGUGUAAUCGCUGGGCACCAGACGAAUAUUGCCCAAAAGAGUCACGGUAUUGUUAUACUUCUCACACAAUGAAUGCUACUGGAGAAAGUGUAUCAGUCACCAAACGUUGUGCUACAUUAGAAAAGUGUGUUUCAACUGGAUGUACAGUCUCCAGACAUACAAGACUAAAGACAUGUACUUCAUGUUGCGAAGGAAACAUUUGUAAUAUACGAGUACCAGGAAAUUCAACGGAUGCAGUCUUUGCAACAAAAUCACCUCUAAAUAGGACUACUGCACAUCUCCAUAGCACUGUUCUGUUAAUUUUAUGUAUAAAUCUGUUGUUGUUAUUACCAUAAAAGGAGUGUUACCAUUGUGUAAUUUUUGUACAAGUGAAGAUCGCACACCUUAGUGUGUGCUUGUAGAAUGGACAGAAGUGUCAUGGCGACUUCUCUUUUUUUCACACUACUGUUGACUGUACAGUGGCUGGAACCAACUGUUAUCAAGUAUUACUUCUGGGGAUUUCACAGUAUAUAUUUAAUGACUCAUAAGUUGCUUUAAUUAAGAUGUUUCUGAGUCAAGGCUCUACUGCCAGGUUGCAGUGAUGUUUGCUUUAGUUAUCCUUUUUUUUUUUUAAUUAAGGAUACAAACAUGCCUCCUAAGCAUUUUUGCAAGCAAACAAUCAAGGAGACUCUAGUAAACUUUCUUUGCCUUCUUUGAUAUAAUUUUGCACAAUGUGAAGCCCGUUGCCUGUAAAUAUUUGUAAACAUUAUAUAUUUUAACAUAAUAACAUUGUACCCAGAUACUACCAGUGAACCAGAGAUUAAUUCAAGUGGUGAAGUAUAUGCAUUGUAUUUCUUGUAAAGUAAAUUAUUUAUUAUCCAAAGCUGAUGUAUAAACACUAAGCAAUACACCCACAUGAGAAACAUGAGCUGAACUUGUUCUACAAAUAGCCAGCCAUAAUUUAUAUUAAAAUACAUGGAUGCUACUAAAGCUUGUGCCGUAUGGCAAUUUUUCUUACUAAGAGAAAAGAAUUUGCAUUAUGGGAAAAAGUCUAAACUUUCUGAAAUUAAUUUACAUUUUAUGUGGAGCUCAAUAACUUAGCAUUGUUUAUAGAUACACUUAAAUGUGUAGAAUGUUGGCUCAAUCAACACCCAGUACCAGGAUCAUGAGCUAGUACCCCCCCCCAAGCUUUCAAUUGGAAAACAAAACAGAACAAAAAAACCCCA